AUGGCGUCCUUUACCAGAAUCGAAGAGAGCGAAACCCCCUCCAUCUCCAUCAACCCCUCCCACAAGGUCGCUAAGAUCAAUGACAACCUUUAUGGUGGAUUUACCGAGCACAUGGGUCGAUGCAUAUACGGCGGCAUUUACGAUCCCGGCAACCCUCUCUCAGACGAGCGAGGUUUCCGCAAAGACGUCAUUGAGGCUUUCAAAGAACUCAAAGUGCCUGUGGUGCGUUACCCAGGCGGAAACUUUGUUGCAACGUAUCAUUGGCUUGAUGGCGUUGGACCAAAAGAGAAUAGGCCUAAGAGGCCUGAGCUUGCAUGGAUCGGCAUCGAGCCCAACACCUUCGGAACUGAUGAGUUCAUGCAAUGGUGCGAAGAGGUCGGCACAGAGCCUUAUCUUUGCUUAAACUUCGGCACUGGCACUUUGGACGAAGCUCUUGGAUGGCUUGAAUACUGUAACUCGGACCGAGAUACAUACUACGCCAACCUUCGACGCAAGAAUGGCCGCGAAAAGCCUUACAACGUCAAGUACUGGGCUCUCGGAAACGAGUGCUGGGGCCCAUGGCAAGUGGAGCAGAUGACCAAAGAAGACUACGCUAAGAAGGCUUACCAAUGGGCCAAGGCAUUGAAACUUCUCGACCCAACCAUCACCACCAUCUUGUGUGGAGAGACUGGCUACUCAUCUUGGGACUACUAUGUGCUGAACCAAUGCGUCAAGUUGGAUGUUCACGGCCUCAGUGGCGACAUGACCAAGAGCCUGAUUGACAUGCACUCAAUCCACAUCUACACUGCAGACAAGGAGCACCUCCCCAACGCCACAGCCCCCCGCGCAGCCGAGCGAGCAAUACAAAUGGCAUCCAGUCUUAUCGACCUCGCCCGCAUUGAAAACAACGUACCGGAAACCGUGCCCCGUCAAACCAUCUGCUUCGACGAAUGGAACGUCUGGGACCCCGUGCGUGCCCCCGGUGAACAGGGUGCAGAAGAGAAGUACACCCUCUCCGACGCUCUGGCCGUAGCGAACUUCCUCAACGGCUUCAUCCGUCAGGCAAAAGAUGUGGGCAUGGCUACUGUGGCACAGAGCGUCAACGUUAUCUCUCCGCUCAUGACUACCAAGGAGGGUCUUGUCAAGCAAACAACUUGGUGGCCCCUUCUCCUUUUCUCAAAGUACAUGCGUGGUCACACUAUCGCCCUUAAUGUGCGUACACCCGAGUACACUGGCCGCACGAAUCCUAAGUGGAUCCGCGGUACCAUUGAGACACCGUAUUUGGACUGCAGUGCUGUGCUUAGUGAUGAUGGGUUCGUUAACCUUGCUGUUACGAAUAUACACGAGACACGGGACUUCGAAGUCGAUAUCCCUGGGCUAAAGGCGGACAAGGUCGAGGUGCAUACAGUUACCGGGGAGAACAUUGGAGUUGUGAAUACGAAUGGGGAGCAGAAAGUGGGGAUUAAGGAGAGUAGUUGGGAUGGAAAGGGCAAGUUUACAUUUGGAAAGCAUUCGUUCACGCUACUCCGAUGGAAGGCUUAG